AUGAUCGCUGACCGACUGCGGGCUUUGCCACAAGAUACUGGCUUGGCCGUCACGACCUCUAAGCGUUUUUCGCCCGAUGUAUCAACCAGUCUUACAUUAGUUCCUUCCACGCCGAUAUCAACCUUUGGACCACCUUCACCUUCUUCGUCACAUGCGUCGUCUCCACGACUAAACAACUUUGACCUCACCAGCUUUACACUGACAUUUCCCUCCAUUGACGAGCUUGAUGAACUUCCGGGGUUUAAUACACCCUCCGUGCCAAAUACGGCAAUCUCAGCAUCUAACGGACCGAAGACACCAAUCCCAAAGACAAACAUGGCGUUUCCAGUGGAGCUUCUCUCGUAUAUUCAAGAGCACAAUGUUCUCCUUAUCGACGUUCGGAACAGUUUAUACUUAUGCGGGAAGGGGUGA